AUGAAAAAGGAUGAUCCAGGUAGUUUCGUUCUACCUUGUAGAAUUGGAAAGUUAGACAAGAUAGGCUUAUGUGAUUUGGGAGCAAGCUUAAAUUUGAUGCCUUUGUUUAUUUUCCAAAGAUUGGGAAUUGGAGAAGCUAGGCCAACCACUAUCUCACUCCAGCUGGCAGAUCGAUCGGUGGUAUACCCAGAAGGUAAAAUUGAGGAUAUUGUUAUCAAAAUUGACAAUUUCUUUGUUCCUGCUGAUUUUAUCAUUUUGGAUUAUGAAGCCGAUGACGAUUGUGGAAUAAUUUUGGGAAGGCCAUUUUUAGCUACCGUUGGAGCUUUAAUUGAUGUGAAAAAAGGAGAAGUCACAUUGAGAGUGAAUGAUGAGCAAAGGACGUUCAAUAUGUUUAAGACUGUGAAGCAACCUUUUAAUAUGGAAGAGUGCUCAUUUGUACGAGUCAUAGAUAACUUGGUACAUGCAGAAGUGGCUCAAUUGAGUAAAGUGACUCAUGAUAUUCAGGAAAUUGAAGAAUGGAAAAUAAAGGAAGAUGUGAGAUGGGUCAAGGAGGAGUUGGACCUAAAAGAUAGGCCCUUGUUUACUAUCCAGGUAGUUAGUGAUGAAGUGAGAGUCGUGGAAAAGAAAAAGUCCGAGCUAUGCUUAAAGAUCAGCCAUCAACAAUAUGAGUUCUUGGAUUAUCAUAUCAUGUGA